GGUUUUAUUUGACUUUUCUUCCAACUUGGAUUUGCCAUUCCAAUUGAAAUUCAGGCUCAUGGAGGUUGAAUGCUUCUUCUAUACAGUUGCAAGGAAACAUCAAAUCAACUAUAUUUUCUUCCAAUACUAAUGCAACACAGGCAAAGUUUUCAAUCUUCAUAUCUAGAUGGCCAUUUUUUAAUUUCAUGGUCUUAAACAUUAUUAUGAAGAUCAAUAUGGAAAACUUCUGCGUUCUUUUCAUAUAUAACUUUGUAAAAAUUUGCAAGUAAUAGUACCAUCCGGACCAUUUUCAUACAUAGACUAGAAGUCCGACAUGAAUUCUUGACGAAUUAGGAUCAACAAAGAAAGGUAUCCCUGUAGAAACAGGAAAUGAAAGCUUUCUUGAACAGAAAUAUCUGGGAUGUCUCUUUCUGGACUUCCUUUGAAAUUACUGAUAUGGGUAUGAAAAAUUCAAUUGGUUGUUUCAUUCAGAGAGACAUUUGUUUCUUCUUUCACUAUCGGCAUUAAAGUAGAAUAACAAUUAUUGAUGUUAUGUGAAGUUCCAUUUAUGAUUCAGUAACCAAAAAACUGAUGUGAUAUAUAUUUAUAUAAAUAAAAACAUAUGCAUUUAAUAUUAUAUAGAUAUUAUCAUAUUACAUAGACCAGAGGGGGAGAGAGAGAGAGAGAGAGAAAGAUAGAAACGGAGGGAUGGGAUGGAAAUUUUACAAAGAUAUUCUGCCAUUCGCAGCCAUGAUAGCAGUAGAGUGCAUCACAGUUGGCCUGAAAACCAUAUUCAAAGCGGCUAGUUUGGUUGGGAUGAGCUACUAUGUGUUUAUGGUGUACUCAUAUGCUAUUGCCACUCUAGUUCUCCUCCCUCUGCCUCUCAUCUUUGGCAGAAGAACAGACCUACCUUUAUUCAAAUUGUCUCUCCUCUAUAAAUUUUUCCUCCUUGGAUUGAUUUGGUUCUUAUCUCAACUAUGUGGGUACAGCGGAAUAGGAUAUAGUUCUCCAACUCUUGCUUCAGCCUUGAGCAAUCUUGUUCCAGCAUUUACCUUCAUACUUGCUGUAAUUUUCAGGAUGGAAAAGCUAUCAAUAAGAAGGUCAAGUACCCAGGCUAAAAUAAUGGGAACCAUAAUUUCAAUAUCAGGAGCAUUGGUAGUGCUUCUCUACAAUGGCCCUGUAGUAUUUUCCACUUUCUCUCCGUCACCUUCCUUUCAACUUGAAUCCCAUUCCAGAACAUCAGAAACAAAUUGGGUUAUAGGGGGUCUUCUACUCACUGCUGAGUACAUUUUGCUUUCUGUCUGGUACAUUGUUCAGAGCCAAGUCAUGAAAGAAUACCCAGAAGAGUUGAUAGUGGUAUUGUGGUGCAACUUUUGGGCAACAAUUAUAUCAGCACCAGUAUGCUUUAUAGCAGAAAGAAACAUGAACGCUUGGAUAUUGAAACCUGUUAUAGCUAUUAUUGCUACUGUACUUGUGGGGAUUUUUGGUUCAUCAUUCAUUAGCUUUGUUCAUACAUGGGGGCUACACUUGAAAGGGCCUGUCUAUAUUUCAAGCUUCAGACCAUUGUCAAUUGCCAUUGCAGCUGUUAUGGGUGUCAUAUUCCUUGGGGAUGCUCUCUAUCUUGGGAGUAUUGUUGGAGCAAUGAUAAUAUCAAUUGGGUUUUAUGGUGUAAUAUGGGGAAAAGCAAAAGAAGAAGAAAUGGAUGUGGAUGGUGGGUUGGAGCCCUCAUCUGAUGCCAAGGCACCUUUGCUUGCUGCUGCAGUGCUUCAAAGCUGAAGAAUUGUAAAUUAAAUAUGGAGUAUAUUAGAACAAGAUUGUUCAGUGCCUAUAUUAGUACAUGUCAAAAAAACUUUCCAAUUUCAGAGUGGAGGGCGACUCUGUUCACAUGUACACUAAUCAGGCACAAAAAGUAAAAUUAUCUUCUUCUUUUUUCCUCCUA